CUGAAUGAAAUGAAAGAGAAAGAUCAGUACGAGAAGCACCAUGAUUUUGUUGAAGAAAAUCCAAAGAUUAUAAAUGCUCAGAAAACCACAUCUAAUCAUCGGGAUUGUGGAAAGAGUUUCCAUCAAAUACAAAAACUUGAAUCCCACGUGAGUGUUCACAUUGAAGAGAAGCCUGACAACUGCCAACACAGUGGAAAGAGUUUCAGUCAACAAAAAAACCUUGAGGGCAAUGUGGGAAUCCACUCUGGAGAGAAGCAUUUAGCCUGCCAUCAGUGUGGAAAGAGUUUCAACCAUAAACAAAACCUUAAUGUCCACAUGAGAAUCCACACUGGAGAGAAGCCUUACCAAUGCCAGGAGUGUGGAAAGAGUUUUAGCCAUAAACCAAAUCUUGAAAGUCACAUGAGAAUUCACACUGGAGUAAAGACUUUUGCCUGCCAACAGUGUGGAAAGAGUUUCAUUCAUAAACAAAAUCUUAAGGUCCACAUGAGGGUUCACACUGGAGAAAAACCCUACCAAUGCCAACAUUGUGGAAAGAGUUUCAGCCAACAAACUAAUCUUGAAGGGCACAUGAGAGUUCACUCUGGAGUAAAGCCGUUUACCUGCCAAGAGUGUGGGAAGAGUUUCGUUCAUAAACACAACCUUAAGCUCCAUGUGAGAGUCCACACUGGAGAAAAGCCUUUCAAAUGCCAACACUGUGGAAGGAGUUUCAGUCUACAAAAAAACCUGGAUGGCCAUGUGAGAAUUCACACUGGGGAGAAGCCUUUUUCCUGCCCUCAGUGCGGAAAGGGUUUUAGAGAUAAACAGAACUUUAAGGUCCACGUGAGGGUUCAUACCGGAGAGAAGCCUUACCAAUGCCAACAGUGUGGAAAGAGUUUCAGUCAAAAAACAAGCCUUGAUGGCCAUAUGAGCAUUCACACGGGAGUAAAGCCUUUCGUCUGCCAACAGUGUGGAAAGAGUUUUCAUCAAAAACCUAAACUUAAACUGCACAUGAGAGUCCACACUGGAGAGAAGCCUUAUAUGUGCCAGUGUGGAAAGCGUUUUACUGAAAACGGACAACUUAAAAGACACAUGAUAACUCACACUGCAGAUAAGCCCUACACAAAUAAAGACUCACACAGAGAAGCUUUGUGAAAAUCACUGGAGGAAGGCCAAUUAAUUAAGACACUGCACCCCACUGUUGGGAAAUCUCACGGUCCGUCUGAAAAUGUGUCUAUAAGUAAAAUAAUGAUCAUUCCACUAAAUUAUUGUACCCAGCUUUAGUGAGCAGCUGCACAUACAGAUGGAGUAAGUCUGAGCUUGAAUUAUUAGUUCACCCAAAAAUGGAAAUUCUGUGAAUAGUUACUCACAGGUCGAUCCAAACCCCCUUCGUUCAUCCUCAACAAAAAUGAAGAUAUUAUGAAAGGAAUGCGAGAGCUCCCUCAUCCUCCGUAAACGGUUGUCCGGCUCAUUUAAAGUUCUAAUAGGUACCAGAAACAUCUUAGAAACAGUCCAUGUGCCUUCAGUGGUUCAAAUAUAAUCAAACAAAGAUCCAAGAACACGUGUGCACUUAAAACAAAGUUUAUUCUUGUAAUAUUAAUUCUUAUAACCAUUUCUUCUUGUCAGUACAGGACGUUUAUGAGCACUGUGCUCAUGAUAGUAUACUUUGGAGGCAUACCUGCCAACACUCCUGUUUUUCCCGAGAGUCUCCCAUAUUUCAGACCCAUCUGCCGCCACCCUCCCAUUUUGUUAAUUCUCCCAGAAAACUCCCGUAAUUUCACCGCCCACAUCCCCGGUCCCCAACUUAUUGGAACAGUCUGUAAAACCCGCG